UUCGCCUUGGUAAAACCCUCUGUACCGCCCGUCCAUCCGUUCGACCCAGGGAGUGUGCGUGGACUGCUAAAGCGUUGUCCCAUUCUUUGGUUGCGACGUGCACAUCACUCCUGAAAACGGCAGUCUACAGAAAGGGUCUCUUGGCGGUUCAGAUUCACCGUUUAGUUCAUAGAUUGCUGUGCUCGACAGGGUUGUUUAUUUAUCGAGCUCGUUUUAUCUGUGGAUUCCAUCUAGACAGCCAAGGACACAGACAACAUUUGGGCGUAGCUUUCUGAAAGGAAGAACUGUUCUACGAGGUCAGCCAGACUGUAGGAAGCUGCCCAAGCUCUGCUCUUUUCUCUGCGCUCCUCCUGACGGUGUUGCGAGUGCCCUCCUUCCGCAUCCCAACACCAACAUCCCGAGACGGGCCGCCAGGACUGAGACGUCAUGAAACCUGAUGGGGUUGUCACAGCAACAAUGGAGCCGAUGGAGUUGCUGGACGCUGACCCUGUGAUAGAGACGGUGCCGCCAGUGGGUGAAGGGGCAGACCAGGUGUCCCCUCCUUCGAUGGAGUCACAGGAGACGGGACAGGGUGAGCCACAGCCUGCCGAGACGCCGGCCCCCGCCGCCAAGACAGACAAGAUCGACAAACCGGCGGAUCCCAAAGCCAAGACGAAGGGCCCGGCCAAGCCGAAGACAACAGGAACUGCAGGGACAAAGCCUGCCUCUAGGCCUGGCACUGCCCAGAGUCGCCUGCAGAAUGGCACACAGAAACCUCAGACCAACGGAGUGACCAAGAAACCCACCAUGGGCACCGCAGACAAGAAGACCACGUCUACCACUGGCCCGGCCAAAAAGCCCGCUGGCACUACGGGGGCACUGGCCUCACGGUCACCCACUAAGCCGGCUGAGCGGAAAUCCACCGGAGCCACCCGUCCCACCUCUGCUCCUAAUGCCGUCAAUGGAGCAAAGACAGGGACAGCUCAGCCGCUUAGAAAGACCCCAUCUGCAACGAGCAGUGAAGCGAAAACCAAACCAAAAACCACAGCCCCAGCCUCCAGACCCACCUCUGCAGCUCCCAAGCCUAGUACAGCUGCCUCCACCAAAUCUGAUAGGCCGCCAGUUUCCAAGACAACAAGGCCUGUCAGUGGUCCUCCAAGCUCUAGGCCCUCUUCUGCGGCACCCAAGACAGCCACAUCCAAGACGACAACGCCAACCAAGCCAGCCACACCGAGGACAGGCACAACAGCUAGCAAACCGGCCACACCUAAAACAGGCUCCACAACGCCCUCUGCUGGACGCACUCCAACGCCAGCCUCAAAGACCACAACUCCUGUAAAGAAAGAUGUCAGCAAGCCAAGUACUCCAGCAGCCAAGAAACCGGCAGCCUCCCCUCUCACUCGGCCUUCCCCAGCCAAGACCACCAAGCCAGACACCCCCAAGUCAACCCCCGCAGCAAAGCCAGACUCUACCAAGAAGCCUGCUGCCAGCAGUAGAACAGCAGAUGCCAAGACGCCCAGCAAGCCCAAGGAGGCCAAAUCAACACCAUCAAAAGAAGCUACUACCACCUCUAAAACGCCUGGCGCUAGGCCCGGUACGGCCAAGUCGGCCAGUCCCAAAAAGGCAGUGGGCAGCAAUACGCCAACGCCAGUGAAGCGUGGCCCAAAGCCAACGGUGGCUGCCCAGCCAGAACCCAAGGAGGAGGAGAAGCAGGAUGCCACUCCUGCAGUGGCUGCUGUUGCUGCUGUCGCCGCUGCUGGUGCUGCGGCAGCUCUGGCCAGCGUCACUGUUUCAGAGCCUGAAGUUGCUGUGGAGCCCGUACCGGCACCCGUACCUGCACUCGUACCCGCACCCGUGGAAGAGCCUGUGGCUAAAUCACCUGAACCUGAAGUGCCCCAGUUGGCGGCCCAGUUAGACCUGGUUCACCUGGAGGAUACCGUGACCUCCCCAUCUCCCCUGGGCACCACAGUGAUGUCCCCACCUACUUCACCUGUGGGUCCCCCAACCAUGCCCAUGGAGUGCCAGGGCUCUGCUGCUCCCAUGCUGGACAUGCAUGAUCAGGACGAGCCCUGGGCUCACAAUCAGGCCAUGCCAGCCUCCUAUGAUGCCAUGCCAGAGGAUUUUGUUGAAGAGGAGGUGAAAGUUCAGGAUGAUUUUCACGUUUCCAUGCCUGAGGCUAAGACAGAAACGACACUCACCCUGGAAGCUAAACCUGAUCUGUUCGCUCCAGAUCACUUCUCCGGAGCUUCCCCGGCAGAUCACCUCUCCAGCACUUCCCCGGCAGAUCACCUCUCCGGAGCUUUCCCGGCAGAUCACCUCUCCAGCACUUCCCCGGCAGAUCACCUCUCCGGAGCUUUCACGGCAGAUCACCUCUCCGGAGCUUUCCCAGCAGAUCACCUCUCCGGAGCUUUCCCAGCAGAUCACCUCUCCGGAGCUUCCCCGGUAGAUCACCUCUCCGGAGCUUUCCCAGCAGAUCACCUCUCCGGAGCUUUCCCAGCAGAUCACCUCUCCGGAGCUUUCCCAGCAGAUCACCUCUCCGGAGCUUUCCCUAGCUCACCUUUCCAGGAGCGAGAGGAAGCGGUGGAGAAGGCAGAUGAGGAAAUCAAUGAGGAUGUGGAUGAUUAUGAGGAAGAGAAUGAGGACCAAGAAACAAAGGAAUUCAUCAAGUUGCCAGAGACCAUGGCAGUGACAAGUGCUGCUCCACACAUGGACGAGCUCCUGUCUGGAGCUGCAGAUUUUGGCAGCUCUGAUUGGCAAGGACAUGGCUUUGGAGAUAUGAGCAGCCAACAGGCAAGCGCUAUGAUUGAAGGAAUGACCAACCUGUUAGAAGACAACCAGAUGUCCACCAGUGAUAUGGAUGAAUUUGGCUUGAAAGUGGAGAAGAAAGAGGAACCAUUCAUGACCUCUCCAAGCGUCAAAACGUUUUAUGCUGAUGAAGAGGAGAAGAUUGUAGACAUGGAUGUUGGUUCAGAACAUGCUGAGAAACAGCACAAGGUUGGAGGAGAAGAGGAGGAGGAGGAGGAGGAGGAAGAUGACGAAGAUGUAGAAAUGGUCAGCGAGGGCAUGACGGAGAGCGGAUUGGAGAGCUGUGGAAACGUUGAAGCAGAUGAUUUCACAGAGGAUGUCCGCGGGGAAAACCUGAACUGCACAGCCCCGCAGCCCCCCAUCCCUCCAUCGACCGCGUGGGGUCAGACCAAUCCAUUCGGAGACCCCUGGGCUCAGCCACCCUCCAGCCUCUUCACGUCCAGCACCUCUCCUGACCCUGUAGCGGCUCAACCCGAGACCCCCACCAAGUCCCCUGCCCAGGCGUGGCUGGAGUUUAGCAGUCCCGCUCAGGCUCCCCACAGCGAUGAGCCCAUGCUGCGGAUGCCCGAAGAGCCGUCUGCCCCAGCUCUGGAGGAGAUGGAAGGCUCCAUGCCCGAGGACUUGGCCCCUCCAGCCGCCCCGGCUGUGGGCAUGUCUCAGUCCAGCACACUGAGCGGCACAGCACUGGCCGCUCACAGCAGCAGCGAGACCAGCACGCCCGAGGAGCUCCGCGAUUACGACAGCAGCUCUGGCGUGGAGUCGCGCUCAGACAAGCAGCAGACCCCCGUGCCCAUGGUCCAGCCCGACCUGGAGCAGGAUCUUGGCAUCCACCUGGAGCGAGGCGAUGGGGAGGAGGAGGAGGCCGAGACCCUCCCAGCCGACGAGGUCCUCGGAGGCCCGCCCACUGCGCCGGCGUCAGCUCCCUCUUCGGCAUCCACCUCUGGCGACGAGGCCAGCGACACGGAGGGUGAAAUGCAAAUCAACGACCCCGACGCGCCGGCCGAAGAUGACCACAUGGUAGCCUUCGACAGCCCACCACCGACCCGCAACCUCCCCAUGCUGGCUGAGGACGAAGAGGCCACAGAGGCCCAGAUAGGAGACGGCGCCGAGGAAGAUGGAGGCACACCUCAGUCCGCCAACUCGGUGGCGUCCUACGGCUUCGACUGCACCUCCAACUCCAACGCCCACUCCACAGCCGAAAGCUGCGGCAAGAGCCCUGGCAUCUUCUCCCUGGAGAACGAGGACCAGAUGACAGAGGAAGCCAAGGACCCCUCGCUCAUCAAGGAGCUGACCCUACCCUCGUCAGCAGCCGCCCAGGCAGAGGACCUACUGGGUGGACCCGUGGACCUGCUUCCCCUGGGCCAGCCCGGAGAGUCGCACGUCGACCUGAACGAGCAUCAGUACAUGCUCUGCGGCAAGACGGGCGCCGAUCUCCACCCGGAGGCCGACCCCUUGGAGGCCGACGCGCGCCACUCGUCCUCGCCGCUCCCAGGGGACGGCUCCGACGGCCAGCCGCCCUAUUAUUCCACCAUUUGCGAUAAGACUGAUAACUUUCUGGCAGGUAAUGUAUAAGCCCCUCCUCACCUGGAAUGCACCUUCUUCCCACCCCCACUUCCCUCCCCCGUGUUUGUGCUUUCUCAUGUUGGGGUAGAUCUCUUAGAGGAAAAGAGGGAAAAAAAAAAAACGGAGGGCAAAUGAUAGGAGGAAAAAAGGAGAAAGAGAAAGAAGGAUGGGGUGGAAAAAAACUGUAGAUAACUCAGAGCUGCCUCCUCCUUUCACACUACUAUUGUGGUCAUGGUUAUGCGUGUAUGGCUUACAUGUCUGUAUGUACUAUAGCUCCUAUCAUUUUCUAUUAGAAUGUACUUUUUAAAGUAACACUGCAUACCACCCUGAAUUUGCAUUGAUUGACUGAUUGAUUGUGUUGACACUCUUUUAAAGACAAAGAGGAACAAAAAAAUCUACAAAUGGGAUGGACUCUACCAACCAACCUUUGUAUUUAUCCUACUGUUUUUACCGAACAAAUGUUUUUUUUGUUUUUUUUUGUACCUGUUUGUUUCUAUUUUUGUUGUUGCAAAACUCCUGUCUUACCUUCCCUCUGUGCACACGCCACAUCUCUUGCACUAUAGAAUUUAGCCUUACCUUCCCUGUUAAGUUAGCUCCUUUUACAAGCUCUAACUCUUCUAGCAGUGAUUUUACAAUUAGAUAUUUAACACUCAGCUUCUAUCCUUGACGGUUUUUAUUUUUAUUUUUAUGAUAAUUAUAGAGGGAGGUCUUGUGGAUUGUUAGGAGAAACAUUUUUUUUUCUUAUCUUGGCCAUUAUACAGGAGUACUGCUUUGUGAAGGAUAGUUUACGAUUACAGGUAAUGUUUCAUAUCGCAUCUGUUUUAAGGUAUUUGGUUCAGAGUGGCUUCUCUUUGUACCUAAGUUAAAAAAAAGAAAAAAAUAACAAAAACGAACAAACAAAAAAAAAAGAACACCUGAUUUGGAUUUGUGAAAAUGUCUCCCCACUUCAUUUAUAUAUUUAAAGAUUAAAUAGUACUCCAAGCUCAGAGAUGUUCAGUGGUGUAAGAUUUUUGAAGGAGUAAUUUGCAUGUACAACUAACGAAAAACAAUUGUAAUUCUUUGGUUCAGACCAAAUGCGUUCAUCUAGGGGAUGUUCAUUAAAUGAAUGGUUCACACUAACAGAAGGGUUUUCAAAAUUUCAUUAAACAUCAUUGCAAGGCUA